AUGGAGUUCCUGAUGGCAGCGGGGCAGACCGACUUCUGUGAGGCGGAGCUUAAAGUUGUGUUCAACAGCUGCCUCACCAAGUCACUCUCCCGGUCGGAGAUGGAGAUGCUGAGGCCCCAGGGCUUCGUCGAUCUUGUUCGUUAUGCUAUGAACUGGGAUCAGCCCAGGGCCUCAACACGUCUCAACUCUCCGACCCCCUUGGAUCCGAUCCCGGAGGGAUGUGUCCUCACCGUGGCAGCCUUGGGCACCUCCACGACCUCCGCCUCAGACCCCGGCCACCAACCUCCUUGGCAAGCGAGACAGGAGGGAGUCUUGGGGGACGGCUCCGGUCCGGAGGAAGCCACGCCCUCCACCGCAUCAAUGCAAAUGACCACGAGCGCGGUGGCUCGCUCCCGGAAGAAAAAGCAGAGGAGGGGAUCGCUGACAUCAGUGCCCUCAUACAGUCCCAGUCUGGCAGCAGCGCCGGAGUCCAGUCCCGGUCCGAUGACAGCACCCAUGUCCAGUCCCAGUUCGGAGGCUGCUCCCGUGUCCAGUCCAGUGGCAACGCCCGUAUCCAGUCCCAGUCCGGCGGCGGCACCGUCAUCCAGUCCCAGUCCGUCAGCAGCGCCGGAGUCCAGUCCCGGGCCGAUGACAGCGCCCGUGUCCAGUCCCGGUUCGGCGGCUGCGCCCGAACCCAGUCCCAGUCCGGCGGCAACGCCCGCAUCCAGUCCCAUUCCGGCGGCACCAGUAUCCAGUCCCAGUCCGGCGGCGCCAGAAUCCAGUCCCAGUCCGGCGGCGCCAGUAUCCAGUCGGCGGUCCAAGCGGCACUCCAUUUGGCGUCCCAUCCGACAGUCCAGCUAG